AGGUACUUCCCGCCGCCCAUUCUCUGCUGGGAAUAGGAGGCCUACAGCUCUCCCAGUUUACCAGAAAGCUUUCAGCGGCAGGCUUAUCUCCACCUCAGGUCCUGUUUGUCUGAAGAUUGAUUGGGAGAGUGUGUUCGGUUGUGUUGAUUUGGACACCGCACCGGCCUGACCUGCCUCUCCCUGUGGGAGAGCCAUCCAGGAAUCAGGAGGCAGCGGAGGGAAGAGGGUCAGGGUCGGGCCCUUGCGUGAUCUCAGCAAGCCUUCCCGGGGGCCCGCGAGUCUGCUUCAGGAGACUGCUGGGGUCCGAGGAGGAUCCCCUGAGCUCGUGUGAGGGAGGCCUCCCGACAAUGCUGAAGGCCACGUUCUGCAUGGCUUUCCUCCUGGGGGCUGUGUUAGCCCAGGAGCCUCGGGGUCACGUGUCGGUGGUUCUACUGGGGGCCACCGGGGACCUGGCCAAGAAGUACCUGUGGCAGGGGCUCUUCCAGCUGUUCGUGGAUGAAGCAGAUCGGGGUCACAGUCUCAGUUUCCACGGGGCGGCCCUGACGGCCCCUGAGCAGGGGCAGCGCCUCCUGGCAGAAGCCCUGAAGCGGCUCUCCUGCCCGGCCGACGUGGCGCCCGAGCCCUGUGCCACCCUCAAGGACCGCUUCCUGCAGCUGAGCCAGUACCGCCAGCUGAAGACGGCCGAGAACUUCGCGGCCCUGAGCCGGGACAUCGAGGAGCGGCUCCAGCAGGAGGGGCUGAGGGAGGCCGGCAGGAUCUUCUACUUCUCGGUGCCCCCCUUCGCUUACGCAGAAAUCGCCCGACAUAUCAACAGCAGCUGCCGGCCGAGCCCGGGGGCCUGGCUGCGGGUGGUACUGGAGAAACCCUUCGGCCAUGACUACCAGUCGGCCCAGAAGCUGGCGGUGGAGCUCAGGUCUUUCUUCCAGGAGGAAGAGAUGUACCGCGUGGACCACUACCUGGGCAAGCAGGCCGUGGCCCAGAUCCUACCUUUCCGAGACCAGAACCGGGAGGCUCUGGACCCCAUCUGGAACCGGCAUCACGUGGACAGGGUGGAGAUUGUCCUGAAGGAGACGGUGGAUGCGGCAGGCCGCACGAGCUUUUACGAGGAGUAUGGCGUGAUCCGUGAUGUGAUCCAGAACCACCUGACUGAGAUCCUCCUGUCCGUGGCCAUAGAGCUGCCCCGCAACGUCAGCAGCUCGGAGCAGGUGCUUCGGCACAAGUUGAAGACCUUCCAAGCCCUGCGCAGCCUGGAGAGAGCCAGCGCCGUGCUAGGCCAGUACCAGGCGUACAGUGCCCAGGUGCGCGAGGAGCUGCAGAAGCCAGCCAGCUAUGGCAGCCUGACGCCCACCUUCGCAGGAAUCCUCAUCCACGUGGACACCCUGCGCUGGGAGGGUGUCCCUUUUAUCCUGACGUCCGGCAAGGCCAUGGAUGAGCGGGUGGGGUAUGUCCGGAUCCUGUUCAAGAACCGGGCGUACUGUGCCCAGAGCGAGAGCCACCGGGACACGGGCAAGAGCCAGUGCCAGCCCAGGCAGAUCAUCUUCUACAUCGGGCACGGGGACCUAGGCAGCCCUGCGGUGCUGGUCAGCCGGAACCUGUUCGAGCCCCGCCUGUCCCUGGAGAGCUGGAGGGAAAUGCCCGAGCGGCCGGGGCUGCAGCUGUUCGGCCUCCCGUUGUCGGCCUACCAUGCCUACGGCCCCGUGCGGGAGAGGGACGCCUACUCGAUCCUCAUCUCCCACAUCUUCCAUCGCCGGAAGGAUGCCUUCAUCACUUCCGAGAACCUGCUGGCCUCUUGGGACUUCUGGACACCCCUGUUGGACAGUCUGGCCCAGCAGGUCCCACGCUUGUAUCCCGGCGGAUCGGAGAACGGACCCCUGCUGGACUUCGAAGUAGAGGGCAGACAGGUGUCCUUCGUUCAGGGGCAGCCGGAGCAGCUGAUUCCCGGGCUGGGCUCCGCCCAGACACCCAGUGACUUCCGCGUCCUGGAUGCCAGGUUUCGGCAGAGCCCGCUGGUCUCGGCCUGGCCGGAGGAGCUGAUCUCCCGCCUUGCGGACGACAUCGAGGCGGCGGCUGAGGAGGCGGUGCGGCACUCCGGUGAGUUCCACCUGGCCCUCUCAGGCGGGUCGAGCCCGGUGGCCCUGUUCCAGAGGCUGGCCACCCGGCACUUCGGCUUCCCUUGGGCACACACCCACCUGUGGCUGGUAGACGAGAGGUGCGUCCCGCUCACGGACCCCGAGUCCAACUUCCAGGGCCUGCAGGCCCACCUGCUGCAGCACAUCCGGAUGCCCUACUGCAAUGUCCACCCCAUGCCUGUGCACCUCCACCGGCGGCUGUGCGUGGAGGCAGACCAGGGGGUGGAGCUCUACGCCAAGGAGAUCGCAGCCCUGGUGGGCAACAUCAGCUUCGACCUGGUGCUGCUGGGUAUGGGGGCGGACGGGCACACAGCCUCCCUCUUCCCCCACUCGCCCAGCGGCCUGGAUGGGGAGCAGCUGGUGGUGCUGACCGAGAGCCCUUCCAAGCCUCACCAGCGCAUGAGCCUCAGCCUGCCCCUCAUCAACCGGGCCAAGCAGGUGGCCGUCCUGGUGAUGGGCAAGAACAAACGAGACAUCACUUCGCUGGUCAGCCGUGUGGGCCACGAGCCGAGGAAGUGGCCCAUCUCAGGGGUCCUGCCCAGCUCCGGCCACUUGGUGUGGUACAUGGACUAUGAUGCUUUUCUGGGCUGAUGGAGACCCUUCCCCAUCCCUUCCCCAACGUGUGCCACCCUCCUCCUCCCCCCCACAACACACCCACACACACCCACACACACACACAGACACCCACCCAGCUUCUACCUUCUCUCCUUGUAGCCUUCUGACCAGUGUCCUCAGGAUCCCUUUGUGCCCGUCUUGGCCAUUCCCCAACUGGGACCCAAGGCGGGAGUUCCGUCAAGGCCUUGGACCCUGGUGCCAAACUUUCUGGCGUUUGGAAGGGGCAACUCCUCAUUUCUCCAUCUGGGGCCAGCUUUACUGAAAACCAGAAGGGCAGAAAAGUACCUCCGUGUCCUCGGUUCCCUGGGGACUGGGCAGCAUUUGACUGGGGCUCUUACCCGGGGAGGAGGAUGGGAACCUAGAGUCAUUGGUGUUUUUAGCCGUCCCCACCAUGGUGUAGGAAUGAUGUAAAAAUGAAGCCAUGAAAAAGUAGUCGAUAUCCCACGACCCAAGGCUGGGUCCAAGCUUGGGCCACGGGCAGGGUGAUCUGGGAUAGUUCCUGGGGGGAAUCUGGUUUCAGACGGCUGCAGUCAGGGGGUAGCAGGCAAGGACGUGCUCUGUGCAGGCUCUCUUUCUCUGUCUCCCCCUUCUCUUUCUCUCCCUCUUCUCUCUCUUGUCAACCGGACUUCAGGCCGGAUGGGCCGAGGAGAGUGGUGAAGGCAGUCCAAGUACAGGGUUUAGCCACGAGGUGGCAGCCCGACACCAAAGCUCUGAGCCUAAAGAAGUGGGCUGAACUGUGAAAGCGACUUAGUUUCACCUAAUUUUUCAGGUGUCUCCACCUGGUGCAAUUUCCCCCCUUUCCCCUCCAUCCUUCUGUGACUCCUAAGUGUUCCCUCUCAUGGCGCCUCUGAGAACCUGUCCCACCGGGGUCCCUGAAACCAGAAGGCAACGGUGACCUCGUCUCCACAGGGCAACAGCCGCCCAGCCCCCUCCUGGGUUGUUCUUUUUUUUUAAAUAUGAAAUUCCUUUGACUUAGUUGCAUCCCCGGAGAAUAUCUGGUGAUUCAGAAAUGCCCUGGAGGACCCUGGGGCGUGGGGCUACCAUAAUGUUACCAUUUCAGAACAAUGUUGAGUCACGGCGCUGGGGCCCUGACCCGAGACUGUCCUUUGCUGAUUCAGAAAAGAAAAUUUGUUUCUGCUUUGGACCGUAGCCUUCACGCUGAUGCAUUUCCCGGGGGGUGGGGUCGGGGGAGGGGUUCACUGGUGGGAUUUGGGGAGUAAACGUCAAAUGGGCCCUUUUAAAAAGCAAGAGUGAAAACUCUUGAGAAGGGUCAUCUGAUUCCCCUCUUAACCUUUCCCCCCCUUCCUUCGAGGGAAGAUGUCAAUCUUUUGAACAAAAUGGCUGCUCACCCAAAACCACACCAACAGCAGCAUUGACUGAUCUUCCAUUUGAGUUAGGGCCGAGUCACUCUCGUGGGACAGAGUCCCCAAAAAUUUAGAAACCAAACUGAGAGCCAGCUUUAUUAGAGAGCCAGUGGGGCUGGGAACCAAAGUUGUCUCUUUCUGUGUGUCUCUCUCUCUUGGGGUGGUUCCCUUUAGACCUUGGGAACAGAGGCAUCUCUUAAGAGGAAGAGGUUUUAGUGUGAUUUCAAAUACAGAGUAUUUCACCAGGAGACCCCCCUCACCCCACCCCCAGAGGAAAAAGUGGUGUUUGCGUGAGCACGUUAUGCAGGCACGUUUUCCAUACAUCCCCAUUGCUAAGGAACUUCUCUGCAGUUUACUGGGAGCCUGAGUGCUGCAGCCUAGAACCAUGAAGUUGCCAUGCUGUCCCUUCUGCAGACUAAAAUAUGUGGUUUCUGGGUGGCCGGCCUAGGGUAGCCCUUAGAGGCAUCAGGCGGUCUACUCCUCCCUCCUCCCCACUCUCCUUCCCCUCUUCAUCAGCCUUGCUGGCUGCCCUCAGGCAGAGCACUUAACCUGUUUGUGUGCCUUUGUAUGUGAGAGUUUCUGGGUUACAGGUAGUGAUGUCUCCCAGGGUUGUGGUGUGAAUUAAUUCGUGUUUUGUGGACUUCAUCGCUUUGUUGGGUGAAAGGCAAAUCCUGAUUAUUAUUUGCAUGUGUGUAGAGAAUGUGAGAUAUUUUCUCAGGGGCUGACAAGCAAACUCUGUUUCCGAA